AUGGGGUCCAGUUGCAUCUCCAACCCCCCCUCUCCCCUGCCCAGGGCCUUCCUCCGGAUGCUCUUUCCCGAGAAGCUGGAUAUCGACAAGAAGGGCCGCCCCAGCACCGCCGGCUCCAAGAUCAAGAAACAAGCCAAUGACCUGGUGGCCACGCUGAAGAGAUGCACACCCCACUACAUCCGCUGCAUCAAACCCAAUGAGACCAAGAAGCCCCGAGACUGGGAGGAGAGCAGGGUCAAGCACCAGGUGGAAUACCUGGGCCUGAAGGAGAACAUCAGGGUACGCAGGGCAGGCUUCGCCUACCGCCGCCAGUUCCCCAAGUUCUUGCAGAGGUAUGCCAUUCUGACCCCCGAGACGUGGCCACGGUGGCGUGGGGACGAACGUCAGGGGGUCCAGCACCUGCUUCGGGCGGUCAACAUGGAGCCCGACCAGUACCAGAUGGGGAGCACCAAGGUCUUCGUCAAGAACCCGGAGUCGCUUUUCCUCCUGGAGGAGAUGCGAGAGCGGAAGUUUGAUGGCUUUGCCCGCACUAUCCAGAAGGCCUGGCGGCGCCACGUGGCAGUGCGGAAGUAUGAGGAGAUGCGGGAGGAAGCUUCCAAUAUCCUACUCAACAAGAAGGAACGGAGGCGGAACAGCAUCAAUCGGAACUUUGUUGGGGACUACCUGGGGCUGGAGGAGCGGCCAGAGCUGCGUCAGUUCCUGGGCAAGAGGGAACGUGUGGACUUCGCUGACUCGGUCACCAAGUAUGACCGCCGCUUUAAGCCAAUCAAAAGGGACUUGAUCCUGACACCCAAGUGUUUGUAUGUGAUUGGGCGGGAGAAGGUGAAGAAGGGACCCGAGAAGGGCCACGUGCGAGAAGUCUUGAAAAAGAAGCUGGAGAUCCAGGCCCUUCGGGGAGUCUCCCUCAGCACGCGACAGGACGACUUCUUCAUCCUCCAAGAGGACGCUGCCGACAGCUUCCUGGAGAGCAUCUUCAAGACCGAGUUCGUCAGCCUUCUGUGCAAGCGCUUCGAGGAGGUCGCGCGGAGGCCCCUGCCCCUCACCUUCAGCGACACACUACAGUUCCGAGUGAAGAAGGAGGGCUGGGGCGGAGGCGGCACCCGCAGCGUCACCUUCUGCCGCGGCUCCGGCGACGUGGCAGUGCUCAAGGCUGGUGGCCGGUCGCUCACGGUCAGCGUGGGUGACGGCCUGCCCAAGAACUCCAAGCCUACACGGAAGGGAAUGGCCCAGGGAAAACCCCGAAGAUCGGCCCAGGCCCCUACCCGGUCGGCUCCCGGGCCCCCUAGAGGCCUGGACCGCAACGGGGUACCCCCCUCUGUCAGAGGGGGCCCUCUGCCUCUGGAGAUCAUGUCUGGAGGGGGUUUCCGGAGGCCUCCCCAGGGCCCUCCAUCCUCAACCCUGGGGACCAGCAGGCGCCACCGGGCACGACCACCCUCAGAGCACAACGCAGAAUUCCUCAACGUGCCAGACCAGGGUGUGGCCGGCAUGCAGAGGAAGCGCAGCGUGGGGCAGAGACCUGUGCCUGGUGUGGGCAGACCCAAACCCCAGCCUCGGACACAAGGCCCAAGGUGCCGGGCCCUAUACCAGUACAUAGGCCAAGAUGUGGAUGAGCUGAGCUUCAACGUGAACGAGGUCAUCGAGAUCCUCAUGGAAGAUUCAUCGGGCUGGUGGAAAGGCCGGCUGCAUGGCCAGGAGGGUCUCUUCCCAGGAAACUAUGUGGAGAAGAUCUAAAUUGGGGGCCUGGGAUUCUGCCCUCCCACCCGCCAUCCUGUCUACCAGGGAGCCAGGCCCUGCCGGCAGGAGCCUUGUCGACCUUGACUGCUUUUGCCAGAAGGUCCAGUCCUGUGGCCUCCAGCCCAGCCCCUGGGUCUGAGGGUCACUGCUGCCGGCCCCCCGUUCCCGGGGCUCUAGCCUCCCCCAUGUCACACCACUGCCCAUGUCUCCAUUCCUUCUUGUGUCAAAUGGGGCUCACAGCAGAACCUACCUCCCAGCUACCUUGUGAUUACAAAACGAUCGUGUCCUAUCCCUUCGGUGAAGUGCAGGGCACAAUCGAGGGGCCUUGACAAGCAUCACUUCAAUCCUUUUCUCAUCACUGAAGCAAUAAACAUUUGCCAGGUAAAA